CGCCGGCUGGUUCCGGGUCGGGGGGCCGGCGGGCGCGCGGGCAGCCCCAGUCGCCAUGUCCGAGAGCUGCCGCCAGGGCCACACGCCGAGCCGGGCCAUCCCCGCCAAGCGCCUCAGCCUGCCCGACGGGGCCCCGCUGCCGCCCGGCGACUACAGCACCACGCCGGGGGGCACGGUGUUCGGGACCACGCCGGGCGGUACAAGAAUUAUUUAUGACCGGAAGUUUUUGAUGGAAUGCCGCAAUUCCCCAGUUGCCAAAACCUCACCUUGUGACCUUCCAGACAUUCCAGGUGUUACCAGUCCAAACGUGGAGGAGUUGAAGAUUGAAAACAACCAUGUCCACAAUUACGAGGAGAAGGUGGGCGUAGGUGAGGAAGCUCAAUUUGACAUGGACAUCUAAAGUAUGUGCCCUGAGAGUGUUUAUCCGGUGAAGAAUGGGACCUCAGCGUGAGGGCUCCCACCGGCCAGGCUUUUAGAAUAGCCGUGCUUUUCUGAGUGAUUUGCUCUUUCCUACGAAGGGCAGUCCAUUCGCUUUGACUGAGAGCAGAACACAUCCUGUUACGUGAGGACUGGAAGUAACUGAUUCAUAUGGGUGUAAAUCCAUGAGUAUGGCCCCUGCUGGCGAUGGGCAACAGUGAGAGGAGGAAAGCUCUCUAUGAUUUUUUGUUUCAUGUUUCUAUGCCUUUGUUAAUUGGUGUAUAUCAGUACUGUAAAGGUGACUGAAAUGUAAUAUCAGGGGAGAAAUAAAAUCAUUUGGGGUCUCCAGGUUUGGGGAUUAAUGCCGUAA